AUGGCACAAAUCCGCGGUACCGCAGGCUAUAACCUGGGAGCCCAGAACACCUUUGGAGGCUCCGGCAGAGACGACGCAGGACGCGACCCAAGCCCGCUUGAUGCGAUUAGGGAACAGACAAGCAAGAUUGAGGAUUUCCUGGACACUCUGAGCGAACCUGUGAAGCCAUAUCUACCAGCGAUUGGACGGUUCCUCAUCGUUGUCACUUUCCUUGAAGAUGCCUUGCGAAUCAUUACACAAUGGAGUGACCAGCUAUUAUACCUUAACAAUUGGCGCAAAAUUCCAUCGGGCCUCACCCACCUCUUCCUGAUCGUCAAUGUCCUAGCCAUGGUUACCUGUUCGACUCUGGUCAUCACCCGGAAAUACUCUGAUUACGCAGUAGGCGGUCUGAUUGGCGUUGUUGUCACCCAAGCUCUCGGGUACGGCCUCAUCUUCGAUCUGAAUUUCUUCUUGCGCAAUUUGUCCGUUAUGGGUGGGUUGUUGAUGGUCCUUUCGGACUCAUGGGUACGCAAGAACAAAGCAUUCGCUGGUCUCCCUUCGAUCGAUGAAAAGGAUCGCAAGAUGUACUUCCAGCUUGCUGGUCGUGUGCUCCUCAUAUUCCUCUUCGUUGGAUUUGUCUUCAGCGGUAAAUGGAAUAUCUGGAGGGUCAUUGUUGCGCUUUUUGGCGCCGUGGCUUGUGUUAUGGUGGUGGUUGGUUUCAAGGCCAAGUUCAGCGCUAUCAUGCUCGUCGUCAUCCUCAGCGUCUUCAAUCUAUUGGUCAACAACUUCUGGACUCUCCAUGAACACCACCCCCAGAAGGAUUUCGCCAAGUACGAUUUCUUCCAGAUCUUGUCUAUUGUUGGUGGACUGUUACUGCUCGUGAACAGCGGGCCAGGCAAAUACAGCAUCGACGAGAAGAAGAAGGUGUACUAA